AUGCGAUUGUUGAUUAUUUUUUUGUUGUUCACUGUUGUUCGAGCACAACAACAAUAUCCAUGUUCAUGUUCAUGUUGUAAUGGUGCAUCAUGUAUUCCUAAUGUGUUAUCUACAGUAUAUGCACUAUCUUGUACAACAGAAGCAUGUCUCGUACAAUGUCGGGCUUCAUAUCCUACAAUAUGUCAAGCAACUCCUCCUUAUGGUCAAAUUAUAGCACAAUGUACGUCAAGUAUUGCUCAACAAUAUAGUUGUCAAUGCAAUUGCUGCAACACCGGUUCUGCUUCUUGUUCACCUUCUUAUGUCGGUACCAGUGUUGCAUAUACAUGUGCAUCAGGUUCAUGUAGUAUUUCAUGUGCCCAGCAAUAUCCAAGUCAAUGUAUAUCUAAUCAAAAUGGACAAACGCAAGGUCUAUGUAUGGGUCCUAUAACUACUACAACAACAACAACAACUGUUGGUCCUUGGUUAGGUAAUACUUGUUCAUGUAUGUGUUGCCAGAGCGGUUCUGGCUGUACACCAACAUAUGUUGGUAUAACAUCCGCAUCUCAAUGUUUAUCAACAGCUUGUAAUCAAGCGUGUCAAAUUCGAUACCCAUCAGUAUGUCCAUCGUUAUAUAUUCUCGGUCAAACAAUUGGUACAUGUACAAGUAGUACUACGAGUGGAACUACACAAUGUGCAUGUAAUUGUUGUGGAACAACUGGAUGUUUUAAUUAUACUAUACGAACAAAUGAAGGUUGUACAGCAUGCAAUUCAUUGUGUCAAUCACAAUCACAAUCACAAUGUCCAAAUACUUUUCAAGUAACUCACACAUGCUCUCUUAAUAAUGCAAAGACUUUUCAUCCUUGGAUAAUUUUUAUAUUAUCAAUUAUUUUUUUUAAUUUUUUUGUUAUAACUGAUUUUAUAUAA